AUGGGGACGUCUCUUCUGUCUCCGAGUAGCUCGCUUCUCUCUAAACAUCAACGAGAGACCGCGGCCGAAAGUUCUCGAGCGAAGGCGGUCAAGAAGGCCCGUCACGAUGAGACGGUCGAGACCACCCGAGCGGCGGAAGGGCAGGAUAAUGUUCCCCAGGUAAGUAUCUCCGCGUCGGGGUCUGGAGCUGUGCUGCCCGCCUCUCCUGCCACAUCGGGGGCAGUUCCGGCGAUUUCGAAGGAUGCUCCUCCGCAAUCUGGCGUGAGGCCACAGACAGGAGUUCCAGCGGUUUUUGCGUCUGCAUCAGGAGGUGCGGUUGAGAAAGCGAUCUCCAUUCCUUCUGAUGAAGAGGAGGAGGUUGGAGAUGAAGAGGGGCCCAUAGGCUCAGCUGAUCCUGCCCAUGAGGCUGCUGGCAAAGAGGAUCCUACGUCUUGGGUGAGUCGCUCGUCUGGUGACACGGGCGAAUCUGAGGAGGAUGAUGACGUCUCGGUUCAUGAGGCGUUGUCCAGUGAGGAAGAGGUGUUGGCUCGUGAGGAUGCGCCUGGCCAAAUAGAGAGAUCUCCUGCCCCUGCGGAAGCGUCGGCUAGGGAUCGUCCAUCAGCGCGAGAGUCGCUUCCACUCCGCAAGUGA